CCCGUCGCGCCAGAUUUCCCAUUGCCAACCCUUGGCAGGGUGAGAGGAAGAGGAAGAUGCCCACAGACACUGAGGCAGAGCAGGAGCUGAGCAUGGAGAGCAGGGAGGACAAAUGCCCGCGGCAGAACCUGGUGGCAGAGGCUGUUUUGAGUGGCUCCAUGGUGCAGGAAGCCAACGGGGAGGAAAAGCCCUGGAGAUGCUGCACGAGGAGGGGCUGCAAAUGCAGCUGGCGGGGAUCUGAGGGGGAAAGAGCCAGCCUGGGCCAGGAAGGCGACCGGAGAUGGAGCCAGAGCUCGGAGCUGGUGCUCCAUGAUGGGGAGAAGCCCCACACGUGCAUGAAGUGCGGGAAGAGCUUCAGGUGGAGCUCUGAGCUGAUCCAGCACCAGAGGAUCCACACUGGGGAGAGGCCCUACAAGUGUUCCGAGUGUGGGAAGGGGUUUCAGACCAGCUCCCAUCUCCUCCGACACCAUCAGAGUCACACAGGGGAGAGGCCCUACGGGUGUCCCCAGUGUGGGAAGAGCUUCUCCAGCAGCUCUCACUUGCCCCAACACCAACGGAGGCACUACUAAGGGAAGCCCUGCGAGUGCCCCGAGUGCGAGAGCUUCGUGCGCUGCUUCUGCUCCACCCCGCACUGGAGGAGGCACUUUGGGCACCGCCCAUGUCACUUACGUUCCUUGUGAUCCAUGCUGGGAACACACCUGGCUGCUUCUCUCCUUUUGGUUUGGCCUCAAUUUUCUUUUCCUUCAUCUUCAUCCCUUAAAAACAGCCAAAACAGGCUGCUAUUAAAUGAAAUAAAUUGAUCAAAGAUGUCUAAAGUUCCACAAUUUCAGAGGUUUUUAAGGGAGAAUUGAUGGUUUAGGGACAAUAUUUUGGAGGAUUUGUGGGUUCUCUGGGGGGAUUUUGGGCAGUGUUUUCCAUCUCUUUGCGCUCCAAAAGCCAAGAGGAUUACCUCAAAACAACUGAAUCCCUCUGAAAACAACUGUUGCAUAAUUUUGUUCAGACAUGGCUUAUAGAGGGACCAUGAAAAUAUACAGCUGGUUUAAAAGUAAAAGGCAGCUGUAAGCAGCAAGUUCUCAGGCUUUUUCCUUAAACAAUAAACACCACGUCCUUGAGUAAAGUGAUGAGAAAAAACAUGAUGGAAAACAUGGAGGCCUUGAGAACAGUCAAUAACAAGUCAACAACAGGAUGAGAAAAACAAAUGUUAGUCUCAACAAGAAACCACAGAUCUUGACAACAAAAGGAGGGGUUGGUGUGUAAUCUGUAGCCAAUAAUGAGCUCGGGUUUUGCAAUAUGUAUGAACUUAAUUAACACUACUAUAAAAGUGUGUAAGCUGGAUCAAUAAAUCGAACUCCGAUUUAUUGAUCCAGCUUACACACUUUUAUAGUAGUGUUAAACAACUGAAUUUUAAUUCAUAUGGGCUCAAUCCCACAUCAAAAUAGCUUGUUCCCACCUUAAAAUAAACUCAAUCCUAUGCCAAACUCACUUGAUUCCACCGAUGGCAUGGUGAGAUGGGGUGGGAAGGAGAUUGGGAGAAGUGGGAUCCCAAUUUGGAGCGGUGGGAUGGGGAUUGUGUGGGGCUGGCUGGUUGGGAUGUAUU